AUGAGGGCAUACACAAGCCUUUGGGAUGCCGAUAACUGGGCAACCAGAGGCGGCCUUGUUAAAAUUGACUGGAAGAGAUCACCAUUCAUUGCUAGAAUCCGCAAUUUUAGACCAAGGGCUUGCACAUGGAAUGGGCCACUUAGCAUCAGCCAAUGUGCCCUACCUGCCCCUGGCAACUGGUGGACCUCUCCAGCAUAUGGUCAACUCAGCUUUGCCAAACUAGGACAGAUGAAUUGGAUCAGACAAAAAUACAUGACCUAUGACUACUGCAAAGAUACCAAGCGAUUCAAUGGACUAAUGCCAGCUGAGUGUUCAUUGGCACAGUAUUAG